AUGGCAAAAUUUGAGAAAAUGUUGGUGGCUUUGUUUAUAUGUGUAGUGGUACUCGUUGGCAACAUCGUCCAAGUGGAUGGCAACUUUUCGAAGAGCAUGUAUCUCACAUGGGGUGUUCAACAUGCAUCGAUUAUGGGCGAAGACCUUCAUCUAGUGUUGGACACAACCUCAGGAUCUGCUGCUAAAUCGAAGAGAUCAUUCUUAUUUGGAAGCAUUGAAAUGCUAAUCAAGCUCAUACCAGGCAAUGCUGCAGGAAUAGUAACAGCCUACUAUUUAUCCUCCACGGGAAGUCAGCAUGAUGAGAUAGAUUUUGAGUUCUUAGGCAACAUUACAGGACAACCAUACACUGUCAAUACCAACAUAUAUACACAAGGAAAAGGAAACAAAGAGCAGCAAUUUUACCUCUGGUUUGACCCAACUGCUGACUUUCACAACUACACCAUUCACUGGAACCCCACGCAAAUUGUGUGGUAUGUUGAUGGUCUGCCGAUUCGGGUUUUUCAGAACUACGAAAAUCACGGUGUUGCGUAUCCAAACAAGCAUGGAAUGAGGGUAUACAGCAGCCUAUGGAAUGCAGAUGACUGGGCAACUAGAGGAGGGCUUGUUAAGACUGACUGGAGAGGUGCACCAUUCAUAGCCAGCUUUCAUCAUUUCAGAGCAAGGGCUUGCAAGUGGAAUGGGGCACUGAGCAUCAAUCACUGUGCCUCCAAUGUCCCUGCAAAUUGGUGGAUUUCUCCCCUAUACAAGCAGCUAAGUUACUCCGAAAAAGGCCAGUUGAACUGGGUCAGAAAGAAUUACAUGAUCUACGACUACUGCGCCGAUUCCAAGAGAUUCAACGGCCAGUUGCCUCCAGAAUGUUCUAAAACACAACUGUAA